UUUGCAAUUAUUCCACUUUCUACUAAAGAUACUUUUAUUAGCACUUUCCAUGAAAUAAAUAAAUGUAAAAGGAAACCGAAAGAAAGAAGAAAAAUUAAUAAUAUUUUUUUUGUCUAAUUCCAAAAACGUUUGUAAGAUAUUUGUAAAGUUUCAAUCUUUUCCCAUUUUGUGUAAUUUUUUUUUUUUUUUUCUAAGAAUUAAUUUUCCUUACGUUGCCUGCCUGAAUCAAACAAAGGCAAUGGCAACAUGUUCUUCAAGCCUAUCGGUGCUACCAAAUUUGAGAUGGAAUUGUAACAAAAGAAGACCCAAUUUCAAGGUAAGAGCUCAAAUCUCUGGUGAGAAGAAGAAGACGACAUCAGUGGAGCCUGUGAACAACGGUUCGGUCUCUGUCUCUACUGUUCAAAAGCAAAAUGGGGCAAAUGAAGUGAAUGGGAAAGUAAAAUCCCAGAAGAAGAUAGUGAGUGAUGAAAUUGAGCUGUUGUGGGAUGAUGGUUACGGCUCCAAAUCUGUCAAAGAUUACUUUGCUGCGGCUAAAGAGAUCUUGGAAAAACCUGACGGUGGUCCUCCUCGGUGGUUUAGUCCCGUUGAUUGUGGUCGACCCGUUGAAGAUGCUCCUACGUUACUCUUCUUACCCGGGCUUGAUGGCACAGGGAUGGGCCUCGUUCCACAUCACAAAGCUCUUGGCAAGGCUUUUCAUGUCUCGUGCCUGCAUAUUCCUGUACUUGACCGAACUCCAUUUGAAGGCCUGGUGAAAAUAGUCGAAGAUGUUUUGAGGCAGGAGCAGGCUACACGUCCAAAUAAGCCGAUAUAUCUUGUGGGGGAUUCUUUCGGAGGAUGCCUGGCUCUUGCUGUUGCUGCCAGAAACAGUUCAUUAGACUUGGUGUUGAUACUAGUUAACCCAGCUACAUCAUUUGAUAGGUCACCGCUACAGCCGUUGAUCCCUAUAUUAGAGAUGGUGCCAGAGGAGCUUCAUUUUACAGUUCCAUAUGCUCUAAGCUUUAUUAUGGGUGAUCCAAUAAAGAUGGCAACACUUGGUAUCGACAACCAACUUCCAUCAGGUAUAAAACUGGAAAAGUUGAGACAGAGGCUUACUAAAACUAUGCUCCCGCUUCUCUCUGAUCUCGGUGAAAUUAUUCCACGGGAAACUUUACUUUGGAAGCUUAAGUUGCUGAGAUCUAGCUCUGCUUAUGCCAAUUCCCGCAUCCAUGCAGUUCAAGCUGAGACCUUGAUCCUUGCUAGUGGAAAAGACAUGAUGCUUCCUAGCCAAGAAGAAGCGAAGCGGCUUCAUGGGGUACUAAAAAACUGCUCAGUUCGAUGCUUCAAGGACAAUGGGCAUACCCUUCUACUGGAAGAUAGCGUCAGUUUGCUCACAGUUAUAAAAGGUACAGGCAAGUACCGGCGCUCUUGGAGAUAUGAUUUGGUUUCUGAUUUCUUGCCUCCAAGUAAGGGAGAACUUGAUUACGCCCUUGAUGAAGUGCUCGGAUUCUUGCGAAAUGCUGUUGGUUCUGUGUUCUUUUCAACUAUGGAAGACGGGAAAAUAGUGAGGGGACUCGCUGGUGUUCCAGAUGAAGGUCCGGUGUUACUUAUUGGUUACCACAUGUUGAUGGGUCUUGAACUUGGUCCAAUGUCCGAGGCAUUUAUAAAAGAAAAAAACAUUCUCUUUCGUGGAAUGGCCCAUCCGGUUCUGUAUUCAGAUAAUAAUCCAAGUAAGGAGUUUGAUUAUAGUGACUGGAUUAAGGUAUUUGGUGCCUAUCCUGUCACUGCAACCAAUCUUUUUAAGCUGUUAUCUUCUAAAUCUCAUGUCCUUCUCUUCCCCGGCGGUGCACGAGAGGCUCUCCAUAACCGGGGUGAACAGUACAAAUUAAUUUGGCCUGAAAAUCAAGAGUUUGUAAGAAUGGCAGCACGGUUUGGUGCAACAAUAGUGCCGUUUGGAACGGUUGGUGAAGACGACAUAGCUGAAUUGGUUCUUGAUUACAACGACCUGAUGAAGAUUCCAAUUCUCAAUGACUAUAUCAAGGAUCUUACUCGCGAUACCAAACAAUUUAAAUUAAGGGAAGAAUCAGAUGGAGAUGUGGCGAACCAACCGCUCUACAUACCAGGACUGGUACCGAAAAUCCCGGGUAGGUUCUAUUACCUGUUUGGGAAACCGAUAGAGACAAAGGGAAGACCAGAACUAGUAAAAGACAGAGAAGAAGCAAACCAAGUUUACUUGGAGGUAAAAGCGGAAGUAGAGAAUAGUAUAGCUUAUUUGUUGAAGAAACGAGAGGAAGAUCCAUACAGAAGCGUCUUAGACAGAUUAAACUACAGUUUGACGCACACUACCGCAACUCAUGUUCCUUCUUUCGAGCCAUGACUCAAACCAAAAAAAAAGAAGCAAAAGAACAGUAAGAAAGUAAGUUUAGUCUAUUUUACAGACACAACAAAACAUGUGGUAUAGAACAUUUCAUGUAUAUCCCCCCCAUCAUCAUUUAUAUACAAGUUGAAUAUUCA